AUGUAUUGCAGAGCGUUAUACUUUCUUCUCAUCUUUCUGGGAAUCCUAGCUUGUCUAGCUGAUUCCUCACCAUGCAUCAAGAACACUGCCUCUCCUUGCAAGAACAAGAAGAAGGGGGGAAGAUUCCCGCGAUGCAUAAAACAGAAAGCUUCUCAUCAUGAAGUCCACCACCAUCACAAUGGAACGUACACGAUCGAAUGCGGUGACAAGCCUUUCAAGCCGGGAAACCACGACGACAAGAAGAACAAGUACGACAAGGACUACAGGUACAAGGAUGAUGAGGACAGGAAAGAGUGGGCCAACCGUAAACUCCACGACACCUAUCACGACUCCCAUCCAUUGAGAGACGACCCCAAGCAGUCAGAGAUGCGCAAGGUUACCUGGAGACCUCGUACACAUUUCAAUACAUUCAACAGCAAAUCGAACUUUCACAAUCAUAUUCGUCCCACACGCUUGGGAGAGUGGAGAAAGUCAAAGCCCGAAAAGCGACAUGCGCGCGGCGAAGUGUUUAAUCCACCAUAUCCCUUCAGUAUGGAUGAGGUCGUCGCUAUGAAGAAGGUCAACGUCACAAUCGAGCAGAACGGCAAAGACCCCAUCGCCAUAAACGUCAUCAUCCGGAACAACAGCAAGAUGAAUGUCACAAUCAUGACCCGCAACUCCCCUGUCGACAAAGACGCCUUCAAGCUGGGUCACUUCAGAGUUUAUCCGGAUGACACCAAGAUUAACUUUGCGCCCGAGAGGGAGGAUUACGAAUGGUAUCAUAGACCUAUGGGCAUGUUUAGUCGCCCGACGGACCCUAGAAAGGAGUAUCUUGAAUCAGACCUUACGCAUCUUCGUCCCAAUGAGACAGUCAAGCAGACCAUCAUCAUUCCUAGCGGCACUAAGGAGGAGAACAAACAGUGGUUAGAAAUGAUAAAACUCGCCAAGAAAAUCAAGAUGAGGGUGGAAGGAAAGUGGUUUGCGAUUGGCGCUUGGGACAAGGAACCUAGAUGGUCUAGAUCUGUUGACUUUAAGUAUGUAUCGAACACCAUAGACUUGGAAAUCCCAAGAGAGUAA